AUGGGAAAAGAGAAAGUUCACAUUAACAUUGUUGUCAUUGGGCAUGUCGACUCUGGCAAGUCGACCACCACUGGUCACUUGAUCUACAAGCUUGGAGGUAUUGACAAGCGUGUGAUUGAGAGGUUUGAGAAAGAAGCUGCUGAGAUGAACAAGCGUUCAUUCAAGUAUGCCUGGGUGCUUGACAAGCUCAAGGCUGAGCGUGAAAGAGGUAUUACAAUUGACAUUGCUUUGUGGAAGUUUGAGACAACCAAGUACUACUGCACUGUCAUUGAUGCCCCCGGACACAGGGAUUUUAUUAAGAACAUGAUUACCGGUACAUCUCAGGCUGAUUGUGCUGUUCUCAUCAUUGAUUCCACUACUGGUGGUUUUGAAGCUGGAAUUUCCAAGGAUGGACAGACCCGUGAGCAUGCUCUCCUUGCUUUCACUCUUGGUGUGAAGCAAAUGAUCUGUUGUUGUAACAAGAUGGAUGCAACUACACCCAAGUACUCGAAGGCUAGGUAUGAUGAAAUCGUGAAGGAAGUUUCUUCCUAUUUGAAGAAGGUUGGGUACAAUCCUGACAAAGUUCCAUUUGUUCCCAUCUCUGGUUUUGAGGGAGAUAACAUGAUUGAGCGCUCUACAAAUCUUGACUGGUACAAAGGUCCAACCCUACUUGAGGCCCUUGACAAUAUCAAUGAGCCUAAAAGGCCAUCAGACAAACCUCUCCGAUUACCCCUUCAGGAUGUCUACAAGAUCGGAGGAAUUGGAACUGUGCCUGUGGGACGUGUUGAGACUGGUGUCAUCAAACCUGGAAUGGUGGUCACUUUUGCUCCAACCGGACUGCAAACUGAAGUCAAGUCCGUGGAGAUGCACCACGAAGCUCUCACCGAGGCCCUUCCCGGUGACAAUGUUGGGUUCAAUGUUAAGAAUGUCGCUGUUAAGGAUCUCAAGCGUGGUUUUGUUGCCUCAAACUCUAAGGAUGACCCAGCCAAGGAGGCUGCUAACUUUACAUCUCAAGUGAUCAUCAUGAAUCACCCUGGUCAGAUUGGAAAUGGCUAUGCCCCUGUUCUUGACUGCCAUACCUCCCACAUUGCUGUCAAGUUUGCUGAGCUUCUUACCAAGAUUGACAGGCGUUCUGGUAAAGAGAUUGAAAAGGAGCCCAAAUUCCUGAAGAAUGGUGAUGCUGGUAUUAUUAAGAUGGUUCCCACCAAGCCCAUGGUGGUUGAGACUUUCUCUGAAUAUCCUCCACUUGGUCGUUUUGCUGUGAGAGACAUGCGUCAAACUGUGGCUGUUGGAGUCAUCAAGGCUGUGGAGAAGAAGGAGCCCACUGGAGGACCCAAGAUCACCAAGUCAGCCUUGAAGAAGAAGUGA